AUGUUCGGUCGCCGCAAGAGAAGCGUUUCCCAACAUCGUCACGUACAGCCACUCUCUACGCCUGCGUCCCAAUCAGCGCAAUCCGCCGCCAGUCAUGCCUUUCUAAGAUCUCAACCCUCCACGACCAGCCUGUCGUCCGCGGCAGCUGCUACCGCUCUGCGAAAUCGCACGCCGACCCCAACAAACGUCGAAAAUGUCCAGACCAAGCGCAUGGUCCAACGAGCGGCCUCGAGCCAUUCGCCGACGAACCCGCUGCCGACUCGUCGAUCAGCAAGUGUCAGUGGACCACUGCGCCGAACGAAUAGCUCGAGCUCGAUGACCGCAAGGACCUUCAGAGAGCCUUCCCCCCAUCGUCCCUCCACCAGCUCCGGCCCCGUGAAUGUACAUCAGCAGCAGCCUGUUUCUGUGCCCCCGUUACCGAGCUUCCCCGCGCAAUAUGCCGGGCGACAAGAACCUACUCGUCGAGCGACAAGUCUCCAGCCAACUGUCCGAUCACCUCCGGCGUCCCCACGUUCCGCACGAGGGAGCGAUCGUGGAGGAUCCACCUCACCGCUACAUAAUCGGAUCAGUAGCUUGACCACUGUACCAGAAUUUGAUCGACCGUCAAGUCGAGGAUCGGUCAAUUUUUCGUAUCCAAGGGGCUUACGGCCGAACUCGCCCCCUUCGCCUGCAAUUCUCGAGGAUCAGCCUAUCACCCUAGGGGCUGUUACAGAACAACCCGGCCCCCAGCAAACCAUAUCAGAGAAACCGAUCAUUACAAGACCGACGAUACAAACUGCGGGGAUUACAGAUGGGAGUCACGCAACCAAGCCUGCAGCGUCUGUCACUGGUACUGCGGCCACUGCAGCUCAAGCAGUAAUCGGUGCACCAAAAAAAAACGCUCGGGCAGAUCCUCAUGCAAGGGUUGAGCGGAUCGAACACGAACCUACCUCUGCCCCGCAGGAUAAUGAACCUCCUGCUACGCACCCUUCUUCGCGAACCGCCCCUGAACACUGGCCCGCUACGACUACCGAAAAGAGCAAACCCCGGGAUCCAACGCAUGUCGACACAUCUCUAGCGCAACGAUCGGACACCCGACAAACGGCUGGAUCCCCAACCCCCGACGUCAUCGAUACAGUGGUGACCCCUCAACCGUCCCCUUCCGCUUCUACGAGAGAAUCUAAACAGCAACACGAAAUCAAUGUCAAUCAAUCAAGCAGCCCUGGUCGGUCGGCACGAUUCUCCAAGUGGCUUUCUGUCAGCAGCCCUGGGAGUCAAGUUCAUCAACCCCCUGCCAGAUCAGUCUCCCCUGUUAAAUCAGCUUUGAAGAAUUCUCCCCGCGGAAGCUCUCUAUCUCCCGACAGGAAAGUCUCCGUUAGUGGUAUAGUUUUUCAACCACCCAGCGAGAUCUCGGAUGGCACAUCAGUCGCCUCGGACGAAGGAUCUCGACUCAAUGUCAAGAAACGAGCGCCGAAAGUCAGUUUCGACGACGAGGCUGAAAUUGUGGGUGUUGCUGCGAGCCCUCCUACAUCGCCUGAAGACUAUACACCGGGCUCUCCUCCGCCUAAAGUCAAGUCUCGUAUGAGCUGGCUCGGCGUCGGGAAGAAGAAGCAACCCACAUCGGACCUUGGCGCUGGAGACGAUGGCUUUGAUGAGGUGUUGAAACCACGAGCGGCGCUUCCUUCUUUUGGUAGCGUACGAGGCACCCGUGAUGGCGGCCCUCAAGAGCCUGUUAUCCCUGAGUACAGCGAUAACGAAUCUAGUGACUCAUCUGAUGAUGAGGUGGCGACUACAAAACCUUCUUUUUCCAAUGACCACGCCAUUGGAGGUAUACUUCACAAGGUGCCGGAAGUUGAGCAAACACACAAUGUCAAAGCUGUCGAGCAAUCAUCAGUCACCGGGCAGUCUUCUCCAGCCCAGCAACAGGCUGCGCCCAGGCCGAAAAUCGAUGGUGUGGCCCUUGGCGGCAUCACUGAGCAAACCCCGUUUACCAAUGCGGAUUCACAUAUAGCCCCGCCUUCUAUCGCGGUGGAACCAGCUACACCUCCUAUUGAUAGUGACCGACCUAGUCGUGAGCUGCAACGAAUGAGUCGAUCAAGCCUUGAGCAAUACCAGAUUCCGGGUGGGUUCCCACCGUCAGCGUCAGACCGUAGUCUGAAGUCCGCCGCAGAUUCCACACAAUCCCAGCCCCAGCCCAUGGCUAGUGCCAUUCCAAGUCACGUCGAUGAUGUCGAUACUGAAGGAGAAUCCGGCGACAGCGUCUACAGUGACGCGGCAGAAGAUUUCGAUGGGGACGGCUUUGGGUCGAUCAAUGCUAUUGUCGAUAGCAGGUCAAUUCCCAGGUCUUCAGCACCCUUGGAUACAGUCGAUGAAAGCCGUGAUACAACCCCAAGACCGGUCCGUCGAUCUCCAACAUUUGAAGAUGAACCCGAUUAUGCCACGAUGCAGGCUACAGAUAAAGCCCGUGCAGCGACACCCACUCAAGAUUAUGUCAUUCGUCAACAAGAAGAUAUUGCAGUCGCAGUGCCUGUACAGCCCGAAGUUGUUACUUCGUCUCCGCCCCUACCUGCCAAGUCCAAGGCUCGGACUCUAUCAAACGACAGCGCUCAAAUAGAUUCGAGUGAACAGCGUAGACCAGUAUCAAUGUCUUUCCAGGGUACCUCCAGCUCCCAGCAAGGGCCUCGGAAAUUCAAUACGGUCAGCUCUCCUGGGAAAGAUAAACCACGACCAAAAUCACUGGGCCCUGCUUUCCAGGGUACUAGAGGUGCAGGAACUGCCGGGUUCCCUAACUCUCUGCGCCGGACCACGUCAAACGGUAGCGACUCUUCUAGCAGUUUCAAACGUGCUAGUUCUUCGGUUCGGGGUGAUGGCCACAUUAUGCGUCGAACAAUGAGAGCUGGUGGGGGAAACUUUCAGGGACCUCCAUCGGACCGAACAGACUCUCCCACUGACCGACGACCUAUGUCAUCAGGCUCUGGACAAGGGACAGGGACCUUGCGUAAAACACUUCGCGGUCUACCAGGAGGCGCUGGUGGUGGUGGUGGUGGUGGUGGUGGUGGCAACGAACGCUACUCCUUCUUCUCAACGAACAAGCGCGCUGCGCCCUCUCCACGGGGACGAUCUGCGAGACAACCUUCAAGAUCUACUCAAGGGACUCCGUUUAGAGACUCAGAUGAAGAAAGGGAGGAUGACCAACCUCAAGCCUUCCGCAGUCGUUUCAUAGACUCUAGCGAUGAAGAAGAACAGGGCAGUACCUCCAUGCGACCCGUUCGUGGUAUUCCACGCCGUAAAGGUGCCCAUGACGGAGAUUCCACCGAUCUAGAUGACAGCUCUGAAGAGGAGCGUCGACAGCAGUCUCGAUAUGUACCUGCUGUUGCUGUUGCUCCUCGGGUUGAUCCCACACCUCCUGCUUCUCGCGAUCAAAAUGCUCCUCCCAACAUGUCCGGUAUGGCAGCCGUAGCUCGCCAACGUGGGAUGUCGCAGAGAGAGCUUGAAGAAUUCAUCAUGCAACCACCCAAAGGCCGUAAAUCAGGACUAUUCUCUCGUCUUGGUCUUACAAAGUCCAAAACUGUCGACAAUCGCAUUCGCAAGGCCGAUGUUGAGAGUCCUUCUCGCAGAGACACACCUUUGGAACGAUCCCGUCUGGAGCGUGAGCAACUGCGCGUUGAACAUCAUCCCUAUGGUACCCCGCCUCCGGCCCCCGGGAUUGUAACAACAGUGACUGCUACUCAACCUGAACAACCUGCAUCACCACAGAAGCUUCUGAAAAAGAACUCCAAGCGUUAUACAACUGGUGGAACCCCCUGGCCUCUCCGCCCAACUGCUGCUAGAAUCAAUUCAGCCGAGCCGCCACUGCGACAACUCUCUACUUCUAUACCAGAGCAAAGUGCCAGUGUGCCAAAUUCCCCAUUACGAAGUCGAAUGCCACCGCUCGAGUCCACCGGACGCAACGGGAGUGUGACAAUCAAUGGAGGUGGGGGACCAGAGACAUCUGCUAUCAAAGCGCCUGAGUCACCUCAAAUCCCUCGUGCUGGUCCAGAUUUGAACGACGAUGCUGCCUCGGACAUCACCAGGAGCACCGAGGACAAUGGACCCGUGGCUCGAGAUGUGGUGAUUGCUGGAUCUGGACGAAAGAAACGAUUUCCCAUGCUUCGCAAGGCAUUUGGUCUACGAGCUUAA